CGGCUAUAAAAGAGGAAACAUUCGUUUACUCUACACCAGUAGAUCAUAUAGCAAGUGUUCGAGAACGUAGGCAUUCGUGACGACAAACUGUUGGUACAAGGAUGAAUGGUAUAAUAACGCUUUGUCUCGUACUACUAUCAUCCAAUCUCGGAUAUAGUGAAUCUAAUCCAGAAUGGUGGCAGUCCAUGUCUCUUUAUCAAAUUUAUCCUAGAAGCUUCAAGGAUAGUGAUGGUGAUGGUGUCGGGGAUCUUAAAGGUAUCAUGAGCAAAUUGGAACAUCUCGCCGAGUCGAAUGUCAAUGCUUUCUGGUUAUCUCCGAUUUAUCCGAGCCCGAUGGUCGAUUUUGGCUAUGAUAUUUCCGAUUUUGUCAACAUCGACAAGACGUAUGGUACUAUGGAGGACUUUGAAGCGCUCACAAAGGCCACGCACGACGCGUCGAUGAAAAUUAUCAUGGAUUUCGUUCCUAAUCACUCGUCAGACCAACACGAGUGGUUCAAAAAAAGUUUGCAAAGCAUAGAACCUUAUACCGACUAUUACGUAUGGCAUAAAGGCAAGGUGCUGCCGAAUGGAACAGUCACGGCGCCGAAUAAUUGGGUGAGUGUAUUCGGCGGAUCAGCGUGGACCUGGCGCGAAGAACGACAAGCGUAUUAUAUGCAUCAAUUCGCACCGGAGCAGCCCGAUCUCAACUAUGAAAACGAGAACGUAAUAAGCGCAAUGAAGGAUGUCCUGAGAUUUUGGCUCGACAAGGGAGUGGACGGCUUUCGGGUGGACGCGGUGCCACAUUUGUGCGAGGAUGUCAGAUUCUUGGACGAACCACUCACGGGUAAUCCAAAUCCUAACGACUACGGCUAUACGCAUAAAAUAUACACCAAGGAUCAGUUACGUACCUACGAAAUGGUCAAACAAUGGCGAGAAGUGCUAAACGAAUAUUCGGAUCAAAGAGUUUUGAUGAUGGAGGCUUACUCAAACAUGACGAUGACGAUGAAAUAUUAUGUGUACGGCGCACACUUCCCCUUUAAUUUCGGUUUUAUUACCGAUACGAAUCAGGACUCGAAAGCAACUGAUUUCAAGAGAGUGAUCGACAGAUGGAUGAUAAACAUGCCUAUUUUGGAAGGAACUGCUAACUGGGUGGCUGGGAAUCAUGACAAAUCGCGAUUGGUUACUCGUUAUGGACGGCAACGAGCGGAAGCGGUAACUACGAUAAUUCUAUUGCUUCCGGGAGUAGGUGUAACUUAUAACGGCGAAGAAAUCGGCAUGGAGGACACGUGGAUCUCAUGGGAAGACACCAAAGAUCCGCAAGGUUGCAAUGCCGGCAAAGAUGGUUACGAGAAAGCAUCUCGGGAUCCCGCAAGGACACCGUUCCAAUGGGACAACACCACUUCGGCUGGAUUUUCCACCAAUCCAAAAACGUGGCUACCAGUUAACAAAAAUUACGUGACACUUAAUUUGGCCGCGCAAAAGAAACAGAACAACUCGUAUUUCGCUCUGUACAAAGCGAUCUCUGCCCUACGAGAAUGGCCUGCGGUUAAACAUGGAAUUUUAACCACGAGAUUAUUGGGCAAUGACGUUCUUGCUUUUGCCAGAAGAGCUGAUGGGGAGCAAUCGGUUUACGUAGUGAUAAACUUUGCAAAUAAAGAGGAAACUGUUGAUUUAUCAACGCUCGUUCACGGAUCGAAUCAGUUAAACGUUUAUUAUGCCACUACGAAUGCUCAUCAUCUUAUUGGGAAAGUUAUCACAGAUGUUCGCACCUUAAAAAUUCCCGCAUCAGGAGCUGUGAUAUAUACUAGUGUCUAGUGUAAAAUUAGGCAAGAAACCAUGGAAUAUUAGGAUGAGGCGCAUCAUUUUCGUCAUGAAAAGGGCGAAUUAUAAGUAACAGCAUAGAUAAUGGUUCAGAUAACAAUAAAGUUCGGUUAUUAUGUCUGGUUUCACCAACAUCGCUUAACUUUGAUCUUACAAUUAGUUCAAUUCAUUCUUCUCGUCUUCUUCUAACUGUUCCUUUAGAAGUAGAAAAAGCAUUAAACCAACAAUGAGAUUAAAGUCAAGCGACAUUGAUGAAACCAGGCCUUAGAGCCUUAGAAGGUGUAAUAAAUGAUUAUGUUAGAAAAAUAAGGCACGAUAACGUUAAACGUUUCAAUAUAAAUUUGUAAUUAUCAUGUCUUUAUAAUCUCAUGUGUGUAUGUGUGUAAAAUCUUAAAU